AUGGCGGAUCCUGGUGUGGCACAUAACACCAGCAUUUUCAAGCACAAGUGGCCUCCACUAAUAGGAGCCAGCGGUAAAAGUCUCACCUUGCCUGCUGGUAACUACGAAUGGCCGUUUGAAUUUUUGAUGCCAGGCGAUACUUCAGAGAGUCUUGAUGGUCUCUCGGAUGUGUCCAUCACUUAUGCACUCAGAGCCACUAUCAAUAGGGGAAAGCUCGUUCGGCAUACUUCCUGCUGCAAGAAGCUUAGAAUUAUCCGCACAUUGGCCCCGACCGCCCUCGAGUUCAUGCACAAUGUGAGUGUUGAGCAGACAUGGACCAACAAGGUAGACUAUUCGGUGUCUAUACCAAGUAAAGCUGUCGCAUUCGGCAGCUCUGUGGUUUUGGAAAUACGGAUUACUCCCUUAGUCAAAGGCGUCGAACUGGACCGAAUACGAGUUAAGUUGGUGGAAUUUCACGAGUUCAGCAUGCACAGCAGGCACUACAUCUACACGCGAGGACACAAGAGCCAGCGCGAGGUUUCCCACUGGAAUUUCGAAGUCUCCAGAGAACAGCACUGGCAAGACGUCAUUGAAGAAACGAACCAAGAAGGUUGGGUCAUCAAACAAACAUUAGAUUUGCCCAAAGCUCUGGCCGAAUGUUGCCAGGAUAUUGAUGCUCAAGGAAUCAAGAUUUACCACAAACUCAAGAUACACAUUCCUAUUGGCAACCAGGACGGGCAUGUCUCGCAUGGCAAUGUGGUUGACCGUUCUACCGGCACACUAGCCCAAACAGCCGCGACGGUUAGUCCACCUUUGUAUGGCCAGCAUGUCCUUGAUCAGCUUUGCGGUACACUCCAAGAUUGGCAGACAACUGGAGGCAGUAUCCUCCCAGUGUCCUCAGAAGCGGGCGGCACUCAAACAACGGCCAGACUCUCCCCAAACGGUGCUAGCGACGAGCAGCAUGGCCAAAUUGGCUCCUCUUCGCGGAGUUCAUCCGAAGCUGCUACCACCGACUCGGACGAGUUUCCGGAGCUCAGUAGAUUACCAACAUAUCGUACUGCUCUCGGUGCCCCUUUGAUAUGGCACAACCAGCCUCCUGGCUACCAAGCUGAUGACCAAGGAGAUAGUUGA